AUCGCUCAUGUGAAAUAUCUAAUAAAAUUUGUAAUAUUGUUUUUGUUUACUUACAAUCUGCAUUUGCAUAAAAAGCCUCCAAGAUGGGUAAACGACAGCAUCAAAAGGAUAAAAUGUACCUAACGUACACCGAGUGGAGCGAGUUCUAUGGUGGCAAAAAGGUGGAAUCCUUGGAAAAUGAGCAUAUCAAAUUUAAACGAUUGCCAUUUGGCAAUUGCUGUAUAACUAUGGCACCUUUCAAAAUGCCUUACAGCGAUCUGCAUGGCAAUGUCUUUGAAUAUGAGGCCAUAUUGACCUUCUUGAAGUCAUUUAAAGUGAAUCCUAUUACGGGACAAAAAAUGGAUUCCAAGUCCUUGCUAAAGCUCAACUUUCAUAAGAAUGCGAAUGAUGAAUACCAUUGUCCAGCUCUGUUCAAGCCGUUUAGUAAAAACUCACACAUUGUGGCUGUGGGCACAACGGGGAAUGUUUACUGUUGGGAGGCAAUCGAUCAACUUAACAUCAAGACUAAGAACUGGAAGGACCUGAUUGAUGACACGCCAUUCCAGCGCAAAGAUAUUAUAACCAUACAAGAUCCGCAACAUUUGGAAAAGUUCGACAUAUCCAAGUUCUAUCACAUCAAGAAAAACCUGCGUGUGCUAUCAGCGGAAGAACAGCUGGAACGAAAAGAUCCACAGGGACGCAUCAAAACAAUGAAUCUGGAAACAAAAGAGACGCUUGCACAGCUACAGAAAGAUUACCAGCCAGCAGAAGAGGCACCUACUAGCUCGAAGCGCACAGCAGACAAAUUUAAUGCGGCUCACUAUUCGACGGGUGCAGUUGCAGCCAGUUUUACAUCUACCGCCAUGAUGCCGGUCUCCCAGAUCGAGGCAGCCAUCAUAGAUGAUGAUCUGGUCAAGUACGAGCGUGUCAAGAAGAAAGGCUAUGUCCGCCUAAACACUAAUUUCGGGCCACUCAACUUGGAGCUCUACUGCGAUCAGACACCACGCGCUUGCGAUAAUUUUAUAAAACACUGCGCAGAUGGUUAUUACAACAAUGUGAUGUUUCAUCGUUCCAUUAGGAAUUUUAUAAUACAAGGCGGUGAUCCAACAGGCACUGGAUCUGGCGGUAAAUCGAUUUGGGGCUCAAUGUUCGAAGACGAGUUCAAGCCAAAUCUUACGCACACUGGACGCGGCAUACUCUCGAUGGCCAAUUCAGGACCUAAUACGAAUGGCUCCCAGUUCUUUAUUACUUAUCGCUCGUGCAAGCAGCUCGAUGGCAAGCACACAAUCUUUGGCAAACUUGUUGGAGGACUUGAGACACUACAGAAAAUGGAGAACAUUGAGGUGGACAACAAAGACAGACCCAUCGAGGACAUUAUUAUACAGAAUGCACAAGUGUUUGUCAAUCCAUUUGAGGAAGCCGUCGAACAGCUGGCCAAGGAACGCGCCGAAGAAGCAGCUAGCAAGCAGGUGGCAGCCACAAAGCUAGAGCAGCAAAAACGCCUGAACGAACCGCUGAAAGUGUAUCGUCCAGGCGUAGGCAAAUAUCUGAAACCAAGUGUGCCUAGGAAACCAGAUCCUGAAACACAAUUGCCGGCUGCGCAACCAUCGAAAAAGAAAAAACUUGCUAACGGUUUUGGUGACUUCGCCAGCUGGUAGUUGUAGUCAAAUAUAUACACAAAUUUUAAUGUUUCACAA